GGGAAAGCCACUAUCAAAGGGAGCCCAAGAGAGGUAAACGAGGAAGAGGAAGGCGUGAGAUAUCUAUGCAAGCAACAGGAUGUCGUAUCUUUUGGGUAAUAUGAUGAAUCAAAUGGAGGCUGAUCCUGAGAAGGUGAAGUUUGCCGAAGUUCAAUUCGAUGCGAUGAACACAACGUUCAAUACAAUGCUACGAACCUGCCAGAGCAAGUGCAUACCUGAUGAGUAUGGCGAAGCAGAGCUGAACAAGGGAGAGACUGUGUGUGUUGAUAGAUGCGUUAAGAAGUUCUUCAAGGCUAAUCUUGCCAUGGGGAGAUACGUUCAAGCCAAGGGAUUUGUCCCUGCCAAUAUGAGGCAGUACGACCGAUUCACGAGAUGACUCCAACCUGUGUAUAUAGUAAUAAUGUCCAUAUAUAAAUUGAUGACC